UGGAAAAAUAAAACUACUACUACCAUAAUUAUUCAAAACACUAAUUGACAUUUGACAACCUACUACUUUCUGUGUGGGUGUGUAGAAUUUGUGGUAAAAUAAAAGAAAGUUAAUUAUUAAAUAACCUCAUUAAAUAGUUUAAAACACUAAAGUAACCCUAACUCUAAUUAACUCUAUUAUUAAAGUAAAUCUAACCAAAAGAGUCAUGUCUGUUAUUGAGGUCAGACAUUUUCCACCGAAGUGGGAUUUAUCAAUGAUUGUCCGAAAAUUGGCUACUGUGAUAAGAGGAAACUUCUCGGCUUUGAACUUUGCCACUUCUAAGGAGGGCAGAGCAUGCUACUUAAAAUUGUCAGAAAUCCUCAAUCCUCAUACAGUAGUGAACAGACUGAACAGAGCUACAUUUGGAUGCUAUAGAAUUAAUGCACGCAUACCGGAGGUUGUGCCACAAUUAAAAGUAUCAAAGAAACCAAGAACUAUACCGCCAAAGUUGAAACAUAGACUUAACAUUCCAAUCGAAGGGAGUCCUAUAGAGGUUCUGGAAAAUACAAUAAAAGAAGUUAUAUCUGAAUAUAAUCACAAGUUUCCAGGAGCAUUUGUGAUGAAUAAGAAACUUGGAAAAAAGCUUAUACUGGGAAUGAGAAAGAUAAUUGCCCAACGCCUCGAACGUAUUAUGGAAUCGGACGAUGAGACACGGGGAAGCUGUUUCAAGUUGAGUCUCGCUUACCGCAAGAGGCACCCUCACUUUACAGACUUUGAGUUUAUCAAGAGCACUCUGCACAGCAUCCAAGAUGCUUCUGGUAUGCCCAGGGAUGAGAUCAACGAACUCGAAAUCAGUACCGUGACAAAAAAUACGAACGUUCCAGAAUUAUUACGUUGCAAGAAUAUAAAUGUAGUGGUACAUAAAUAUGGCGAACUAUUGAAAGCUAAGGUCGGGGAGCACUUGAACAAUCUGGACACUGUCGCCUUGGAGACGGACUCCGAAGAGGUUAAGUCCAGGAAGAGAGUGCGGAGGCAACUCAAGUCGAUGGCGCCUUGCAUCAACCUGAUCAUGAAAGAGAUCCUCGAGAAGAAAUUCUUGUCCGUCAGGAAUCAAUUAGUAAGAAUCAAGAUCUACGGCGAGCCGUUCCUGCCGUCGAAGGAGGAUCUGAUGCCGUUGACGCGGCGCCUGCAGGCCGUGCGCGUGCGGCGCUCCCGCGUGCUCUACAACCUGCUGCUGCUGAGUGUGCCGCGACAGCACGCCGCCGCCGCGCUCGCCGCCGACGGGACCGCCCUCAACGGCGCUAAACUGGUCGUGCGGCAAAUGGACACGAAUGAGAGGAAGAAACUGAAGAGGUACGGCAAGCUGCCGGAGGGCUGGACGCCGGGGUGCGACGACUCGGAGGACUCUGAGGAGGAGGACGACUCGGAGGGAUCCGAAGAGGACAUGGACUUGGACGAAGAGUGAACUUGGCUGGAGCAGGUCGACACGAGAGCUGCGCGCGGAGGUAAUGUCUUAUUAAACUAUUAGUACAUUUCUACAUACAUUUAGUAUUUACAAAUUCAGCACUAUAUGUUUUGUUUUGUCGUGCGCACAUAACUUAUGUUGCAAGCCAGAUUUUUUUUCUUUUUUCCACUUUGAGAAAUGAGAACCCUCUUGUCGUGGCCGCUGGAAACUACAUACCCGAUCCUGUAGACCGAAUGGUAAACAGUCGACGUCACCCAAAGCACGUCAUUACGGAUCCUCCUGAUCCAUUAACGGUGCUUUUAGGUACCACAAGCACCGGUCACCGUCCUCGUCGAACCCGUCGCUUGCGACGAAGGGCUCGACGAGCGAAUUAAUCCACAGACACAGCCCACUGAGUUUCUCGCCGGAUCUUCUCAGUGGGUCGCGUUUCCGAUCCGGUGGUAGAUUCUGCGAAGCACGGCUUUUGUUAGGGUUCGUGUUAGCAACGUCAUCAGGUUUGAGCCCCGUGGGCUUACCUACUAGUUAAGGUUCCGCUAAAAUAGCCUCCCAAGCUAUCAGCUUAGGUAGGAAGAAAAAAGCAACCUUGUUGGAAGUCGCAUUAGAAGUUUCACUUCAAUAAUCCAAGUUCAAUUGUUGUAUUGUUAAUUAUCGAGUGUUAAGUUUUAUCCAAUAAGAAUAAUUUAUCUAUCUAUCUAUAUAUGUAUAUAAAAAGGAAUUGCUUUAUAAUGUUAAUUGUUAGUCUCGCUAAAACUCGAGAACGGCUGGACCGAUUUGGCUAAUUUUGGUCUUGAAUUAUUUGUGGAAGUCCAGAGAAGGUUUAAAAGGUAUAUAAAUAUAAAAAUACUCUGAAUUAAAUAAAAAUAACAAUUUUGUUUUCCCUUUGAUUUGUCCCCCGUCGGACGGAUUCCUUUUGUUUGUUUUAAGUUUAUUUUAUAUAAAAGUUUAGGUCUUUUAUUUAUCGAUUGAGGUACUACAAAGUCUGGCGACACAGCUAUGUGAAAUAUUUUUUACAGCUAACUAAUCUGUCCGGAGUAAUGUUUGUAGUUGGUGGCCCGCGGUCAGCAGCGCGCCGAUGCCGGGAUUUGCUGCAGCGGAGUCUCGGGCCGGGAGUGGAAAUCCCCCAAAACUUUAAUGCUCAUGCAUUAUAACCAUAAAGGACAAUGCCCAUUUUCUAUGGGCGUUUGGGCCCCUAAAAAAAGUUGUCCUGUCAUGAUGGUUUUAACUUAAUUUGAUAGACAAAGAAAUAUCGUUUCAUAUUCAGAAAACGAUUUUUAUAUUCUCACCCAGGUUUAAGAGAAAUCUGUUUUUUUCUGCAGCUAAAAUUAAGUUGUUAAUUGUUUUCUUCGAAAUCAAUAAUCGCUCUCAUAAUUAUUUACAAUAUUAAAUAAGUUAAUUGUGGUUAAUGUUGCUAGAAAUAAGCCCUUACGUACAUUUUAUUAUUAUUAUAUCCUCAUAAUAAUAAUAAAAUGAAAUGAAAAUCCGGAAGCGGGCAACGAUAUUGUUGUUGUUGUUUUUAAAUUCACCAAUAAGCAGGCAAAGAGCGUAGCCUAUACAGCCUAGUCUGUCGAAGUUAUAUAUUUUUUAUGUCAAUAAAAAGCCGGUGUUAUCUCUUUUUAUUGCUUUUUGGGAGUUUUGACAUCAACUCGACGAAUACCACAUUGACUGAGCAUGAGCUUACGCAGACCUUUUAUACACAAUAUUACAAAUACAAAUAAUACAAAUUACACAAUAAAGUAUUAAAAAAACAUUAAAAUAAAAAUUCAAGUGACGCUUCACUCGGGUUGCUGCCAAAACUCUCUGAUCAUAUAUAAUAAGAAUAGAGUAAUGGUAGGCCAUUGAUAUUUUUACUAAUAAAUGGAAUCAUUAAUAUCUAAAAAUAUUAAAUAAUUCAUGGUUUUAAGUAAUAAUUAUUAUUACAAUAUAUAAAUAUUUAAUUGAACAAAAAUAAACUAAGAAGCCUGUGAAUUAUAAGCAUUAGCAAUUUUUUUUUUAUUUGUUGUUCAAGUCACAAACAACUCUUUCGUUUGACAGCAUAUAGGUUUGCUAUAAGGCUGUAUGACCCUUUGCCUAUUGGCGAAUUUAAAAACUAUGGCCUGGAUAGUUUUGGGAUGUUAUCAAUUAAGUAAUUUAUUUUUUUGGAAAACAAUGCCAGGUUGAAAGAAAUGUUGAUACAUAAACUAAACAACGUGAAAAAAUAAGGCAUAGUUUUUCAAGUACAAAUAGUUUUGACAUAAAGUUGGCCCACUUUUGGGCAUUGUCCUUUAGAAGCCAAUUUGAAUUUGUCUUUUAAUUAGUUUGUAAUACCUUAUUUAAAAGAUAAUAAAAGUAUGGGUAAUUCUGAAAGUC